AUGUUUUCCAAAAUUUUCCAAGAAAAUGAAAAUUUUCAGUUUUCCAAAUUCCAAGCAUCAACGAUCUCCAUCAACUACCUUUUUUCAUCAGAUGCCACAAUGGCAAAGGAAUAUGGAAAUACCAAGUCAAAGAAGAAAGAUGCAUCUUCUGCUUCACUCUCAGGAUCAGCUGAUGCAUCUGGUUUAAGAAGGCCAGGCAGAGAAACACCAUCAAAGAAACAAGCAAUAGCAAGUCCUUCAUCUAAUGCUUGUAGGUCUGAACGAAUUGAGAACCACACACCACCAAGCUCUUCUCCGAUCAAGAAGAAACAAGAUAAAGUUGAAGAACAGAUGGGGCUAAGUCCUUUAAGGAGGUCUGAUAGAAGUAAUAAAUAA